AUGCCAAAAAAUUUGAGAUUUUCUGUAUUUUUAUUGUUUUUAUUGUGUAUAAACAGCGUUUUCGGAGAAUUUGGUCCAGAAGAUGCUCAGUAUAAUGAGACAGAAGCCAGAAUGCUCCUGAGCCUCUCAGCUGCUGCGUAUUCACUGGAUGUUACGCCCUGUAUUGGGAGAACCUUCUCCCCGGCUGAAAACCAAACCCUCCUCUCCACAUUCUCCGUGCGGUGCGAUUUUGUCGGAAACCCUUGCGCAGGGUACAUUGUCGUUUCCGACGUCCUUCAGCAGAUUACUGUAGUCUUCCGGGGUACCAAGACAAGUAGCCAACUCCUCCUGGAAGGCUGGACGACCUUAAAGCCUAGCUCCGACUUCUACGGUAUGGGCCUAGUGAACACAUAUUUCCGUUCGGGACACGAGAAGACGUGGCAAUAUGUGCAAGAUGCGUUGAGCAUCUCACAAUACCGGAACUAUGAUGUUUAUGUCACCGGGCACUCGCUCGGCGGAGCUCUAGCCGGUCUUUGUGCACCGAGGAUUGUUCAUGAUGGACUCCGCCAGAGCCAGAAAAUCAAGGUGGUCACGUUCGGAGAGCCUCGAGUAGGGAAUAUCGAGUUUUCCAGGGCUUAUGACCAACUGGUGCCUUAUAGUUUCCGAGUCGUCCAUUCCGGCGAUGUGGUGCCCCAUCUUCCUGGAUGCGUCAAGGAUCUGUCCUACACCCCGCCGGCGGGAAGUGAUGGGUCAAUGCCUUGCGACCCUGUUAGCACUAAUGGAGGCUAUCACCACGCCAUCGAAAUCUGGUAUCCUGGGAACAUGACCCAAGGGGACCCGUUCAUGGUUUGCACCGGGCUCCCUCGGGAUGAAGACUUUGGGUGCUCGGAUUCUCUGAAGGUCAACCUUGGGGACACUAACCAAGGUGUCUGGGAUCACCGGAACUAUUUUGGGGUAGAGGUCCCCGACUUUGGAAAAGGAGGCUGCGACCCAUCGAUGACCUUUAAAGGCCCGCCAACUAAAACUGGAGUCUUGUCGUUGGUCGGGAGUGUUUUUGGACGGAAGCGAAGAUCAAUUCGUUAAGAUUUUUUGCACAUACAUAGAAAAAAAAGAAUCUUGUUCAAGUAUACAUUUGUAUAUAUAUAUAUAUAUAUAUAUAUAUAUAUAUAUGUGGUUUAUAUAUAUAGUAUAUACAGUCGCGACAGAACGAUCGCUCCGCCAAUUUUGCAUGCGGCAAAGGGGCGUGGUUUAGUUGGAGGCGGAGCGUCAACGCAAGCCUGCGGCACGCUUUUUUCUCGCUUUUUUCGUGCGGUUAUUUGCAGUUAUUUUUUGUUUCGUUUUCUGUUCGAAAUUUCACGAUUUCGCUCGAUUUUGUUCGUUUUUUCGGAUAAAAAAGUGUUCAACUAUGUUUUAAAUGAGAAAUAAUCAAGUUUUCACAGUUUUUACUCGAGAAAAUGCUUCGUUUGUCCCUCUUUCUGUAAUAUACGAUGCAAAACGUUAAAAAAUCGCUUUCUCUUAUCAUUUUCCCAUUUUCUCUCUUAACAAGUAGCUUGUUUUUCAGGAAUGUCAGGAAUGAAAUGGCGAGUUCUUAACGUUUUGCAUCGUACUUUACAGAAAAAGAGACAAACGAAGAAUUUUUUCGAGUAAAAACUGUGAAAACUUGAUUACUUUUCAUUUAAAAAAUAGUUGAACACUUUUUAUCCGAAAAAACGGACAAAAUCGAGCGAAAUCGUGAAAUUUCAAAGAGAAAACGAACAAAAAAUAACUGGAAAUUACCUCACGAAAAAAGCGAGAAAAAAGCGUGCCGCAGGCUUGCGUUGACGCUCCGCCUCCAACUAAACCAUGCCCCUUUCCGCAUGCAAAAUCGUUCUCUCGCGACUGUAUGUAUAUUGAUGUGUCUAUAAUCAAAACUCUAUAAAGUGCAUUAAAAAUAAAUUUUAACAAAAAUCAUGAAAUU